UGGUCUACGAUUGGAGAGUUUAGAAGUCAUUCACAGAGCCCUACCAACCACAGCACAGGCUUACUGGUAGCAGUAAAAAACAAUGGCGUCGCAUUUCAGCGGUGUGCUUCAGCUCACGGAUUUGGAUGAUUUUAUCACUCCGUCUCAGGAAUGUGUAAAGCCUGUAAAGGUGGAAAAGAAACAGGGCAGAUCUGUGGCUAAAAUCCAGAUAGAAGAUGAUGGCAGUUAUUUUCAGGUCCAUCAGGAUGGUCAAAAGGAAAAGUUGGAGAAAGCCAAGAUUACGUUGAACGACUGUCUCGCUUGCAGUGGCUGCAUCACGUCUGCGGAAAGUGUCCUUAUCACCCAACAGAGUCAUGAGGAACUGUACCGUGUGCUACGUCAUAAUAAACAGGUUAGCAGUAGCGAGCAGAAGGUGGUGGUGGUGUCUGUAUCGCCUCAGUCAAGAGCCUCUCUAGCUGCACACUACGGUCUCAAAAGCAGCGAGGUGGCCCACAGACUCACCAGAUUCCUGAAAAAUGUGGGUGUCCAUCAUGUGUUUGAGACCGGCUUCAGUCGCUCUUUCAGCCUGUUAGAAAGCCAGAAGGAGUUUCUGGAGCGAUUCAAUCGGAAGGAAGUGGACAAGAAGGCCCUACCGAUGCUGGCGUCUGCCUGUCCAGGUUGGAUUUGCUAUGCUGAGAAGACUCAUGGUGAAUUCAUCCUCCCGUACAUCAGCACAACGCGCUCGCCCCAGCAGAUCAUGGGUUCUCUAGUCAAGGGCUAUUUUGCCUCUCAGGAGGGUAUUUCACCACAGAAGAUCUACCAUGUGACUGUGAUGCCCUGCUAUGAUAAGAAACUAGAGGCUUCCAGACCAGACUUUUACCUUGGCGAGUAUGAGACCAGAGAGGUGGACUGUGUUAUUACUUCAGGAGAAGUUCUGAAGAUGUUGGAGGAGGAGAAAGUGUCCUUGAGAGAUGUGGAGUUGGCCCCUUUAGACGCAAUGUUCAGUAACGUCUGUGGGGAGGAGCUGCUGCGUCACGCAGGAAGUGGAUCUGGAGGAUACCUUCAUCACAUCUACAAACAUGCUGCAAAACAGCUGUUUGGGGUUGAAGUAGAUGAACUCACAUACAAGACAGUGAAAAACAAGGACUUCCAGGAAGUCACUCUGGAGAAGGAUGGUCAAGUUCUGCUGCGUUUUGCUGCCGUCUACGGCUUCAGGAACAUUCAGAACCUGGUGCAGAAGCUGAAAAGAGGGAAGUCAACGUACCACUUUGUAGAAGUGAUGGCAUGUCCGUCAGGAUGUCUUAACGGCGGCGGUCAGCUCAAACCUUCAUCAGAUCAGUCCAACAAAGAGUUGCUGCAGCAGGUGGAGGAGCUUUACCACAGUGAACGUACCGCAGUGCCAGAGGAGGACUCGCGAGUGGCUGAACUCUAUCAGCGCUGGGUGGAGAGCGUGGGAGACGAGAAAGCCCGACAGUUACUGCACACGCAGUACCACGCCGUAGAAAAAAACAACAGUGGCCUCAGUAUAAAGUGGUGAGGAGCUGCCCUGACGCUGAUCAACCAACUACAUUGUUAGCGUUUUUCCUUUCUGUGUGCGCUAAGGCAAUAUUUAACAUACAUCAGACACUA